ACACAACCUCUCUCCCACGGCAGUCACUGUCAAUAUUACUUAAAAUAAAAACCCUCAUGGCUCGAAGACGCCCCUUUGAAGUCGCCCCGCCUGCCGUUUCGUCUUCCGAGGAAGAAGAAACCGAUGGCGAAGAAGAAACUCCAAAAGGCACCGUCCAAGCCCAGCAAAACGGCACUGGUGAGAAACAAAACGAUAACGAAAAUGGCAGUGAAGACGAAGAAGACGACGACGACGACGACGACGACGAAGAGGAGAAAGAGAAACCCAAUCUACCGCCCUCCAAACCUUCGAAACCCGACUCGGAGUCCGACUCAGAAACUGACUCGGAAGACACCGAGUCAACUCAGCCACCGUCACCUUCUCUUUCUGGCUUUACAAUCAAGCCCAUUUCUCCAAAGCGCAAACCCGGCCCAAAACUCGAGCAGCCCAAGAAGGAGAAUGAUGGAGAGGACAAGAAAGCUAAGAGGGGAGCUGGAGCGGGGGGUGGGGGGCCUCAACGUUUAUGGAGUGAUGAAGAUGAGGUUGUCAUGUUAAAUGGCAUGAUUGAGUACCAGAUUGAGAAAGGAAAAAACCCUUUUGCGGAUAAUGGUGAUUUCCAUGGAUUUGUGAAGAAAUCGCUCCAUGUUGAUGCUACUAAUAAUCAGUUUUUGGAUAAAAUCAGGAGGUUGAAGAAGAAGUAUUUUACUGAUGUGGAGAAGAAUGAGAAAGAGAUAGAUGAGAUUUUUAGUAAACCACAUGAUUUGGAGUGUGUGGAGCUUGCAAAGAAAAUAUGGGGUGCUGGUGGUAUUGAGAUGGGAAAAAAGGGUAACUUUAAUAAAAAGAGUGGAAAAAAUGUUAGCAGUGGUGGUGGAGAAGGAGAAGGAGAAGGAGAAGGAGAAGGAGAAGGAGGAGGUGUUGGAGGAGGAGGGAUUACUUUGGCCUUGGCGAAAAAGGGGAACGAGGAAGCGAAUGGGGAGAAAGGGAAGCUGAGUGUGAAGAAGGGGAAGAGGGGUUCGAACGAGGAAGUGAAAGUAGAAGGAAAGGAAGGGGUUUUGAAGAAGAAAAGGCAGGGUUUGGGUGGGGAGGCUGAUGAGGGAGAGGCGGGGAAUGUGAAGAAGGGGAAGAGGGGUUUGAGUGAGGAAGUUAAUGGAGAAGGGAAGGGAAAGGGUGUAAAAAGGGAGAAGCGGGCCGCUGAUGAGGAGAUGAGUGGAGAAGGAGAAGAGGUGAAUGUGAUUGUGAAGAAGCAAAGGAGGUUGGUGAAUGAUGAAAUUAAUGGAGGAGGGAUGGAGUUGAGUGUGAAGAAGCGAAAUGCAGUGGCAAAGGAGGAGCUGGAUAGAGAAGAGGCGGGGAGUGAGGAUUUUUGGGAUAAGUAUCCGUAUUUACGCUUAGGAUUGGACGGUGAAAUUUUGCCUGAGUAUUUGAAGGAGAGAACAAUGUUGGUGCUGGGGAUGGUUGGAGAGGAAAAGUUGGUGGAGUUGGAAAGAGAAUGGAGGAGUUUGAUGAAAGCAAAGUUGGAGUUUAUGGUGAGGCAGAAGGACUUGAUUGCAAAACAAAUCAAGUUGAGUUUGGAUGCUAUGAACUCUCAGGACUCUUAGGGUGAUUUUUGUAAAGAAAGGAGAACAAAUUUUGGGUGGUACCAAGUUUUGGUUGGGGAUUUUGAAAAGUUUUUUGUUUUUUGUUUCUUUGGGCUAUAUGUGACGGGUUAGCUGGAGAUACAGAUUGGUCCUUAGCAGGCAUCAUGUUUUUCUGGUUCAGUUGCACGGAACUAUGGUUUUUAAAAUCGAAUCAGGUUUUGCUCUAUUUUCUGGUGGAUAUCAAUAUAUCUAUUGUCUUUCAGCUUGUGUUGAUUUAAAUCUAAUCAGUUUUUGCU